AUGGCUAUGUCAUUUGCAAGUGUCACAAUCUUGUUUAAUCUCAGAAAACAGGGCACGUAUUUUUGACUGUAUUUUCAUGACUGAAAGAAGGACAGUUUUUUAUUUCUUUUAAUCGUAAAACUUGUUUAAAAAUAGCUUGAUUCACAAAAGAUGGCCUGUGAUUCCUGUCAUCACGUAAUGUUUUUACAGUUCAUUUACAAAAACAAAGUUUGCUCUUGAUAUGAUCGAAAAUCUUUAAAGGGUAACAGCUAUUAGUAAAUAGACCCCUUCAGGCGACAGGCAUGUCGGCUUAUAGUGUCUGCGGUUGAGAUAUUGCCCGAGAAAUGAAUAUUUGGCCGGGAGGCGUAGAUUCGAGGACAAAUGUGAAAUUAUGAGCCAAUAGGAUUGCGCGAAAAUUAAUGGGUGGGUUAUAAUGACCAUUAGUUAACAAACGUAGGAAACUUUUCAUCAAGGUGGUAAAUUUAUAAGGAAAUCGUGGUGCUGCGUCAGUGGGGGUAUUACACGAUAAUUUGGUUUUAUUACCUCAAAUUAUAAUUUAAAUUAGCCAUUGUAAAGAGUUUCUUAAGCUGAUGUCCCGAGCGUUAGCCCUUAAUCAUUCUCUCUGACGAAAGGCUAAUGCUUAAAAAGUUAGCUUUGAAAACUCGUUACAGUGGUUGGUUUACAUUAUCAACUCAGUUGAUAGGAAAGAUAAUUGAAGGUUAGCUUCAACGCUGACAAAGAUGCGAAAGGUUUGACAAUCAACCAACGUCCUUUCACAAAAGAUACAAAAUUCAGAACUUACCAGUGAGACCAGUUUUAAAAUAAUUUGUGUAAUUGACUGUAUAUGUUGUUGUUUUGACCUGUUGAUCAUCUUUUCCGUGAUUCAAAUUUUUCAUAUUGACGGAAUUAGAUUUUGCCAAUCAGAGGGAUUAUAAAUGUGUGUUUAAAUUUCGCAAGGAUUUUUAUUCGCGCCUCUUUAAUUCGGCUAUUUAUUUCAUGAAAAACGCGAAAAACGCGAAAUUUAGUACCAAUUGAGUACGUAAAAUAAAAGAAAAAAGUAAAUCAAUUUGCUUUUUCUUUUCCACGACUUUUUUUUCUCUUUAUCUUUAGGUCGUUGAACUAUAUACAAAUAAAAAUCAAAGGAAACUCAAUGGUUCUGAACACCAGUGCCAGUAAUCAACAGAAUGUGAGUAAGCUGUCCAUGAUAGCACCAGUAGAAUCACAAUGCAUUCCAUGGUUAGCUGUGUUCAUCGCUGAAUUUCUGGCCAUAAUUAUUCUUAACAUCAUCAUCAUUGUUGUGUUUGUGAGGAAGCGCCAGCUACUACGCCGAAGCACAUACUUGAUCAUCCAUCUGUUAGUAGUCGAUCUUAUAGUUGGAGCAGUGGCAGGCCCUGGAUGGAUCGUGGAAGAUAUGAGUCUAUACUGUCAUCAGAGCGAGGAGUACCAGUUCCCUGGUUGGUUCUCCAAGGCAUCGUCUGAAUUCACCAUCGUCGCCUGUCUCAACCUCUUUUUCAUUUCACUAGAGCGAGCACACGCCACAUUUCGUCCAUUCAAGCAUCGUUUCCUCAAGAAAUGGAUUUAUGCUUUGAUAAUCGCUAUCAUUUGGAUAGUAUACAGUGGCAUACUGGUCAGUAAAGUGUUUACAAUUGAAGAUCACUUUCGCUUUGAUUGGAGUACGAGUCGCUUCCUUCCUCUGUGUGUUCUUUGUGUUUCUUAUGUUAGUAUAUUUUUUAAACUCCGCUUCGGUCGUCAUCCUCAACAAGUUGGUGCAGUCGGCUUGCGGGAAAGAAAACUGACCAAAACUUUGUUCCUUAUAACUGUAGCAUCUUUAUUAAGCUGCCUUCCAAUGAUUAUCUACAACCAUUUCAUGGAUGUUCGAAUUGAUUUCGACAUUUCUCAGCAGCUACACUUCCAUAUGUAUAUGACAUUGUUCGUAAUUUACCUUGCUGGUUCGCUGAUUAAUCCAAUACUAUACGCCAUGCGGGUCCCAGGAGUAAGAGCAAGCGUGUCACAACUAUUCUGCAGGAAAUAG